UUGUUGGUGUUGCUCUUGCUGCGAUCACACUUUCUUCGGCGAAGAGUUUCAGAAGAAGAGAAUGGCGUCGGGAUGGGGAAUUACGGGGAACAAAGGCCGUUGCUACGAUUUCUGGAUGGAUUUCAGCGAAUGUAUGUCCGGCUGCCGAGAGCCCAAGGACUGCGCUCUUCUCCGAGAAGACUAUCUCGAGUGUCUCCACCACUCCAAAGAGUAUCAACGCAGGAAUCGGAUAUACAAGGAAGAGCAGCGUCAACUAAGAGCAGCUGUGCAGAAGGACAAGGCAGGUGAAAAUGGUGGUGGAACUCAUCAUUGAUUGACAUUUUUCCUUUAUUGUUAUGGUUUUAACCAUUUGAAGCAGGUUGACAUGAAUGCUUCUGAAUCCUCUGAGAAUAAAGAAUUAAAUCAAUUGUACUUUUUGUGACAUGGAAUGUUGACAGCAUCUGUUAUUGGUUGCUUGCCAAGUUAGAUUCCUAAAUGCCAAGUGAUCACCAUAAUCUAUCAUUCGGUGUACGUUUAUAAUA